CGCGGUGGUCUGACACGUUUCUCAGAGGAACGCAGUGCGGGAGAGGAACUGCGACUGGAUGUGAGAGGGAGACGCCGCGACUAUCCCUAAAUGUGAUGAAAAUAUAGCAGCUCGUCUUUAAAUCUUCACAGGGAGAAGGGGGAGAAGGAUAAAAAAAAACUCCUUAACCCUGUUUAUUUCGGACUGAAUAUUUUAUUUCUUCAAAAAGGUGUCUUCAUCUAAGAUGUUGCCACAUUGCUCCCUUUUGUUAUUGCUGUGUGCAGCCCAGCUGCUCUCUAGCUCCUCCGCUUUGCCCUUUGAACAGAGGGGCUUUUGGGACUUUGCCCUGGACAGUCUGGAGAACGGCGGGAUGAUGUCGAUGGUGAGGGAUCAGGAGGAAGGCUCAACCACGGAGGAGAUCCUCACUCCCGACGUUCCCAUGUGUCCAUUUGGAUGCCACUGCCAGCUUCGGGUCGUCCAGUGCUCGGACCUCGGUUUGACAGAGGUGCCCAGGAAUAUUCCUCCAGACACCAAGUUUCUGGACUUGCAGAACAACCGUAUCACUGAGCUAAAAGAAAAUGACUUCAAAGGCCUUACUAACUUAUAUGCACUCUCUGUGAGGAAUAACAAGAUUUCCAAAGUCCAUCCCAAAACUUUUGCCCCUUUGAAGCAUAUGCAGAAGCUCUACUUUUCAAAGAAUCUGCUGGCCGCCGUCCCCAAAAACCUGCCUGCCUCUCUGGUUGAGCUGAGGAUUCACGAGAACCGCAUCAAGAAGGUGGCAGCUGGAACCUUCUCAGGACUGGGCAACAUGCAUUGCAUAGAAAUGGGAGCAAACCCUAUCCAGAACAGUGGUUUUGAGCCUGGAGCCUUUAAAGGACUGAAAUUAAAUUAUCUGCGUAUAUCAGAGGCCAAGCUAACUGGAGUGCCUAAAGAUCUUCCAGACAGUCUUCAUGAGCUUCAUCUGGACCACAAUCAGAUCCAGGCUGUGGAACUGGAGGACCUGAGCCGCUACAGAAACGUCCAGAGAUUGGGUCUUGGCUUUAACCAUAUCCGCAAUAUAGAGAAUGGCAGCCUGUCAUUUUUGCCCAUGCUGAGGGAGCUGCAUCUGGACAACAACCGGCUCACACGCGUUCCCCAAGGCCUUCCGAAUAUGAAGUACCUACAGGUGGUGUACCUCCACUCCAACAACAUCAGUCAGGUGGGCGUGGACGACUUCUGCCCCCGAGGGUUCGGGAUGAAGAGGACGUACUAUAACGGCAUCAGCCUGUUUGAAAACCCUGUGAACUACUGGGAGGUGCAGCCGGCAACAUUCCGCUGUGUGAACGACCGGUUUGCCAUUCAGUUCGGAAAUUACAAAAAAUAAAACCAACGGAAAUGCUUGGCAACACAAAGAAUGAGGCCAACGUGUUGAGGAAAAAAUGAAUAGAAGAAACAUGAUUAAAAUAAUGUCUAAAAAGAAAACAACACUUGAGAUGUCACGAAAGGAAACUAUGUCUGAGAUUAUUGAGUUUAUAAUUGUUACGUAUGAGGUGAAAUCGAGUAAUGGAGGAGAUGGGUAAUAAACGUACGGAGUAGAUAGCAAAGUGAAAUACAUAAUCCCAGAACUUGAAGUAGGUGGAGAGCAGAAUUUGUGCAGAACUGCAACCAGCUUUGCAUUUUCAGCUUGCAGUUUUGAAGCUAUUUUCCAUCUAAGUCAGUGUGAAGAGUGCUGAAACCUUGUGAAACCUUUCAGUACAUCAAUCUUUACAAUAGUUGUUAUUGUGACUGAGCUUCUAUUGCUAUUUUCUUUGGUAAGGAAUAUAAGUAAAACAUUGAUAAGUAGUGCAUUUUUGAAUGUUUAUAUACAGUAUAUAUCUAUAUAUAUAGAUAUAUAUAUCUAUAUAUAUCUAUAUAUAUAUCUAUAUAUAUAUAUAUAUAUAUAUAUAAAGGUGCUCUAUGUCCUCUGUGUGCUGAUUUGUAAAAAAACAACAACAAACAAACAACAAAACCAAAGUUUGUCCCCAUUUUAGUUAAUUCACUGAUUUAACGUAUUUUGGUCAUGAACUCUGUGAUUCUGACAUAUGAAGUUAGAAAGUCAGAGUAGUUUUACUCCAUCUCCUAGACCCAGAGAUAAAAAAAAUAAUAAUAAUCAGAAGGGAAAUCCUUUUAAAGCACCUUACUGAAAUAUUUUAUACAGAUUUCUUACUGAAUUCAUUCUGUGCCUUUUAUUAAAUAUAGUCAGGGCCUAUCCCACACUCAAUAAAUACAUCCGCUUGCUUUAAGACAAUGAAGGUAGUGUGUUCACAAAGUGCAAGAAACAGUAGUAGUGAUAAAGCAUUGUUUUGCACAGAUUUUCUUAUAUGCUUUAUUUGCUUCAGGGUACAGUAUGGAGGAGUGGGGGG